AUGACGGUUGAAGCCUUUUACCAGAUCUACACCAUGUGGGCAAGUGGCCAAGGACUUCCAGAGGAUGAUGUUGCCAAGGCUUCUUGUUUCCGCCGGUUGUAUGAGGGUCAUGCUCGAUGCAGCAAGGCCACUUGUGGUGAGGAUCGGUCCAAGCUGGAAGCAGCGCAGAAAAGCCAUUUGCUGAAUGUCCAGCAAUACCGCCUGAUUCAGAACAGACUGAACACGCUUAGUGAAACUGAGGGCUCCAAUAUCUUGAAGAUUGAUUUGGACGGCUUAGACCAGAGCAAGACCAAGUUCCCCAGGAACCUUGCUUCCUCCAAGCAGCUGGCAAGCUGCUGGAGGCCCCAGCUGCAUUUGUUUGGAAUCAUUGCACGGGGAGUUCUGGAGGGCUAUGUCAUCCUAGAGCCUGACAUUGCCAAGGACUCUUCUUGUGAGGCCACAUUGGUGAUGAAGGCAAUUGACUGGGUUGAGGACUUUGUGGAUGUGAUCAAGAACCACUUCACACCGAUCCGGAACAGGGUGAUGAAGGUUGAGCUCAUGCAAGGGAGCUUGGAUAUUGGCGGUUUAGUUCACACUGGGCAUGAUGUGGCUGAUGCUAACCAUUGCUGGAGGUUUGUCCGUCGCAGUGAUUUGCCUACCUAUGAUGACAAGCCUGGAGAAUCGUGGCAGCCAAAGGAGAUUGAGAAAGAAACUUGGAAGACAAUGAACAAUUGGGAGAAGUUCGCUCCUGGGCCUGUGCGCAGGGUCACUGUGGCUUCCGCUCCUCUUGCAGACCCAGCUCAGCCCAAGAAGAGGGGAAGACCCCCGAAGAGGAAAGAUGAGACCAUCGCGCCCAAGGAAGGUGAGCAAAUCUUUGGACCUAUGUCUAAGAGAAGAAGCCAGGUGGUACCUCCAAUUGAUGCAGUUGUACCGGUUGAUCUGUUUGGUGCAUCAGGCGCCCCAUCAGGUGCCCCCCCUGAGAAAGUAGCAUGGCCAACCCGUGCAACCUUUGCAGAGAGGAAAAAACCAGGAGGGGAAGAGGCAGCUAUGGUCUUUGAGACUCGCCGAUCCAAAUUCUAUGAGAGUGUGCCUAGUGACCUGUGGCGCGAUGGUCUUGAGAGUGAUUGGAAUGAGUGUGUCAAAUGUGGCUCAGAGGGUGAGGCAGUGGACACUUUCUUGAAGAACCAUGGGCCCGGGCAUUCAACACGAGCUUCCUCAAGCAGGCUGCAGUCGCAAGACGUGGUGCCUGGCAGGAACCGUGGUCGUGUGCGUGGAAGGGCUCUCAAGCCCUGA